AUGCCUCCCGCUCCUCCACCUUCUCCAGCCUCUCGGCUCAAAGUGGCCGGCGUCGUUCUCUUUUAUAUCGCGGCUGCGCUUUCUAUGGUCAUGGCCAAUAAGUGGGUCCUCAAUACGACGACGACGCCGCUCUUCUUCCUCAUGACCCAAUGCAUCAUUGCCGUGCUACUAUUCCUUAUCUCAGACGCCAUGCGGAUACUGCCGGACCGUUUGUCGUUCGAAGUGAGGGCUUGCAAGGGUUUGGUGCCGAUGGUCAGCUUGAGCGUUCUUGGGCUCAGCUUGAGCAACUAUACUCUCAAAUACGUUGACGCAUCUUUCUAUCAAGUGGCUCGUGGCCUCGUUCUCCCAUUCACAGUUUGCGUCUCCGGUUGGAUGCUUCACACUCGCCCAUCCCUGCCUAUACUUUUUUCUUGUGCAAUCGUCACGGCGGGAUUCUUCAUUGGAGUGUUCUUAGACGGGACGCCACUGUCGAUGGUUGGCGUUGGUUUUGGCGUCGCGAGCUCGACCAUCACUGCAACACACUCGGUUAUCAUCAAGCAGAGCCUCAAGGUGGUGAACGACAGCACCAUUUUGCUGUCGUGGUACACCAAUCUGUUGAAUGUCUUUGUUCUGCUUCCCAUCGUCAUGUUUGUGGAGGGCGGAGAUGUCAUGAAGCUUUUAUUUGGGAUUGAAGAGCUGGCCAAGGCACCAGGAGAAUGGUCUGCACUACGCACAUUCGUCUAUGGCUCUCUCAUUACGGGCGUUGUGGGAUUCCUUAUGAGCUUGGCUAGUCUGCUCUCCAUCAAAGUAACUUCCCCCAUAACGCAUAUGGUCUCUUCUGCUGUUCGUGGCGUCGCAGCGUCUCUCCUUGGAAUGUGGUUGUUCCAUGAUGUUAUGACCUCCGGCCGCGCAUCAUCGAUUGCCAUCAUCCUCUUCGGUUCUAUAUAUUAUACCUGGGUGAAGCACAAGGAAACGGAAGCCGCAAGACCAGCCGAGUAUGAACGUGUACGGAUGUCUGAGUUGGAGAGUGGUCACCAGAAAGCGCCACCACAGUAA